AUGGCAGCAUCCCGCCUCAGCGAGCUACCCGACGAGAUCCUGCGUCCUAUUCUCCUGGGCGCGGCCGGCAAGCGCGCUGACCUGGCACCUCUGCGACUCGUGUCAAAGAGGUUUGACGAGCUCGUCAAUGCUGAGCUCUGGAGAACAGUGGCUGUCAAGAAUAAGAGCAGACUCUUAACCUUUGUCAAGGCUUUGCAGAAGACCCCGGCAAUCGGAGCCUUCGUGCGUACGCUCACCAUCGACACUGGCUAUGAAUGGGAGAUCAAUCCAAAUCUCAGCGACCUCAAGGUCGACCAAAGUGUGGACUGGCUGGCAGAGAACUAUUCCCCAACCUUUGUGGCUUGGUUUUCAGGACUGUUCGGUACGGGCGAACGUUCAAUCCAACACGCCAUAAUCCUCAGCAUCGCCCACUUGCCCAAGCUCGAGCACCUCGCGUGCUCGCUCCGCAAUAGACAGGAGCAGCGGCUUCUGCUCAACCUUUUCAACCGUUGCAAGACUGCGCGCUUACGGGAACUCGGCCUGGCUGGCUCAAACUCAGCUACCGCAAAGGAACAAACUCCCCUAAUGCAUCUCACGCGAGCGGGCUUGUUCAACAAGCACGUCCAAGAACCUUUGAGCAAGCACAGCUCGAUCAUUCUCUUUCCCCUGGACAAGCUUCAGAUUCACAGACCAGCCCCGCAGCUCUUCAUGCAGCGUCUGCAGCCUGACCUCCAAGACCUUGAGAUCAAGAACAUGAUCUUCCAUUCGGGUACCCUGGGCAACAUUCUGACAGCUUUCCCGAGCCUCAAACGGCUCACCUAUGGCGCGUGGGUCAUGCCUCUGUUCGAGCAGACCGGAUCAGUCCUCGACCUCGAUGCCGCGGGUAACACACUUCGUCAGCUGGGCCGGAACCUGAGACACCUCAACCUGUUCAUCUUACUCGAGGACGAUGAUCCAAGAAUUCUCAGAGGCUCCAUCGGCUCGUUGCAGGAGUUAGAAUCUCUUUGGCGCUCGCGGCAAGGGCUCGCUCCGGAACAUGCUGCCGGCGUCGCUCGAGAUGCUCGCCCUCACUACCUGGGAAGAUGCAAUGAUUUCCCCAGCCUGGUUGGUGUCAGGAUCGACUGGAUUCCCGAGAAGCUGUGGCGGGUCAGUGGCUGGGACCGUGGGAUGGACGAAGAGUGGAUGUGGUUCACACGCAGUGGCGCUGGUUCUCGUGCUGCGGACCGCCUGAAUGGCUCGGACAUGAUGAUCCGCCCGGACCCGUCGGAGGAUUGGGGUGCGGAGUAUGAAGACCAGCAGGCCCUCCGUGCUGCAAGCCGCGCUUCCUGA